AUAAGAUUCUGCGAGUCGCAUAUCGACAAAAGUAGAAUAGGAGCAUCAUCAGAGACGCAUGUGCUUAUAUAUUUGUGGAACGACCACCAUACAUCCAACCCAAACCCCAAGAAUUAAACACAAAAAAUGGGGUCAACCGGAGCAGAGAAACCCCAUGCAGUGAUGGUCCCUUACCCAGCUCAAGGCCACGUCACCCCCAUGAUGCGGCUGGCCAAGCUCCUCCACUCCAGAGGCUUCCACAUCACCUUCGUCAACACCGAGUUCAACCACCGCCGCCUCAUCCGCUCCAAGGGCCCCGACUCCGUGAAGGGCCUCCCCGACUUCCGCUUCGAGACCAUCCCAGACGGCAUGCCCCUGCAGUCUGACGAGGGCGCCACGCAGGACAUCCCGGCCUUGUGUUACUACACCAGGACCACCUGCCUGGCGCCCUUCAAGGCCCUCCUCGCCCGCCUCCACUCGCCUCCGGUCUCCUGCGUCGUCUCCGACGCCGUCAUGAGCUUCGGCACCAGAGCCGCUCAGGAAAUGGGAUUCCCUGACGUUCAGUUCUGGACUGCCUCUGCUUGCUCCUUCGUUGGUUACUUGCACUACCGUGAGCUCAUCAAAAGAGGCAUCGCCCCCUUUAAGAAUGAUGAUUAUCUGAGCGAUGGGACACUGGACACCCCUGUGGAUUGGGUGGCGGGCAUGCCCAACAUUCGAUUGAAGGAUCUGCCAAGCUUCUUUCAGACGACGGAUCCCAACGACAUCAUGUUCGAUUUCUUGGGCGAGGAAGCGCAGAGUUGUCUCAAAGCCUCCGCCGUAAUCUUCAACACCUUCCGGGAAUUGGAAAAGGAGGCCUUAGAUGCUGUGAUCUCCAGAUUUAACUACACAAACUUUUACACAAUAGGCCCUCUUCCUCUUCUAGACAAACAUGUGAAAGAUGGGGCAGUUAAAUCUCUGAAUUCGAGUUUAUGGAAGCCGGAUUCGAAAGUGUUGGAGUGGCUCGACAGGCAGAGGCCCGACUCCGUGGUGUACGUCAACUACGGCAGCAUCACGACGAUGACGGGCCAGAACUUCCAAGAUUUUGCCUCAGGCCUCGCGGAUAGCAAGCAGCCUUUUCUGUGGGUGGUGAGGCCCGACGUAGUCAAAGGUACGUCGGGGGAACUGUCUCGAGAGUUUCUCGAGGCAGUUGAGGAUAGAGGGCUGAUGGUGAGCUGGUGCGCCCAGGAUGAGGUGCUGGCCCACGACGCCGUGGGGGCAUUCCUGACGCACUGUGGAUGGAACUCGAAUCUGGAAAGCAUCUCGUGCGGAGUGCCGGUCAUCUGCUGGCCGUUUUUCGCGGACCAGCAGACCAACUGCCACUACUCGUGCGACAAGUGGGGGAUCGGGAUGGAGAUUGAUCACCGCGUGCGGAGGGAUGAUAUCGCGAAUGUGGUUAGGGAGAUGAUGGUGGGGGAGAAGGGGAAGAACAUGAGAUUCAAGGCUCGAGACUGGAAGAAAAUAGCACAAGAUGCUACUCAUGUUGGAGGGGAGUCUUAUCUUAAUUUUCAACACCUCGUCAAAAAGGGCCUUCACUACAAUGCCUGAUUCAUUAGUGUAUGCGUGUGUUUCUAAUAUGUCUGAUUUGUAGCUUUUCGUUAAUGCUGUUUGGCAUUGCAACUGUCUUAUUAAUAAAAUUCCUGCAAAUUUUUCUUUCUAA